AUGUCCGACCGAGACAACGCCAAUCUCGAGUCCAAUGGCUCCCACGAGCCUCAAUUGACACGAGAGAAGACAACCAAGUCCUAUACUUAUGAAAACCUCAAAGGAUGGCGGGGGCUCAGAAUACUCAGACCUUGCCGCGGCAUGUAUCAUGAUGUUCGGCGGCGACUCCCCUAUUACCCUAGCGACAUCACCGAUGCCUUCACCUAUCGCACCGCCGCCAGCACCAUCCGGAUGUAUUUCGUAAACCUCCUGCCAGCUUUGGCGUACACCCUGGACAUGAACCGACGCACCGGCUUCUUCUACGGCGUCAACGAGUCGCUCUUCGCGUCGGCGCUCGCCGCCAUGGUCUUCAGCAUCCUCGGAGCUCAGCCCCUGACUAUCGUCGGCAUCACGGGUCUCAUUUCUUUGUUUAAUUACACCAUCUACGAUAUCAUUGCCAUUUAUGAUGUGUCCAUCUACCCUCGCUUUAUGGCGUGGACUGGCAUCUGGGGUGCCAUCUUUCAUUGGCUCAUGGCCAUCUUCAACGCUUGUGACUAUAUGCGUUACGUGACGGAUUUUUCCAGCGAGAGCUUUGGGAUGUACGUCGGCAUCAUCUAUAUGAUCAAGGGCGUCGAAGAGCUUGUGAACGAGUUUUCCAUUGAAGGGGCUACCUCGGGCUACCUGAGCUGUCUCAUCGCAAUCCUAUACUUCGGGUCCGUCUACGGGCUCGAGAAACUAGGUCAGAGUACCGUGUGGAAAGCAUGGUUCAGGGGGAUCCUUGCAGACUAUGCCUAUGUUUUCACUACACUCUUCUGGGUCGGCUUUUCGCACAUCCCUGGACAGCUCAAAGAUGCGCACAUUUCAAAAGUGCCCGUAAGCGAUGCCUUCCGCCCCACCCAACCCCGAAGCUGGCUCCUCGACUUCUGGAAUCUCGAGGUCAAGUGGGUGUUCGUGGCCAUGCCCUUCGGUUUCUUGGUUAUGCUGCUCUUCUACUACGAUCAUAAUGUGAGCAGUAUCACAGCGCAGGCGCGCCAGUUUCCACUCAAGAAGCCCGGUGGCUUUCACUGGGACUUCUUCCUGCUGGGCUGCACUACAUUCGUCUCGGGGAUCCUUGGACUGCCGCUACCAAACGGCCUAGUCCCUCAAGCACCAGUGCAUACGGACUCCCUUACCAACUACGAGACCAAAUUGAAAGUGAUCGCCACGGCAGAGGGCGAGGGUACGGAUAUUCGCCGUCCCGUCGUGGAAGCUACUGCUGUAGUUGAGCAGCGAGUUUCACACUUCCUCAUGGGCUUGGCCUUGAUUGGCACUAUGACUGGUCCCCUUUUGGUGGUCCUGCACACGAUGCCGGCAGCCGUAUUUGCUGGUGUCUUUUUUGUUGUCGGCUGGGGGUCAAUUGAAAGCAAUGGCAUUGUCCAAAAACUGGUCUUCCUCAAUUCGGAGGAACGCUUCCUGCAGAGAGAUGAGCCCUUGCUCACAGUUCGCCGACGCAAGAUCUGGGCGUACAUAGGACUGCAAGCGCUGGGCGUGGCCGCAACAGUGGCGAUCUCGCAGACCAUUGCCGCAGUUGGAUUCCCUGUGCUAAUCAUCCUUCUGAUUCCCCUGCGCACGUAUCUGAUGCCCAAGUGGUUCUCUUUACACGAGCUACAGGUUCUGGAUGACCUGACGUGUACGAAUAAAGCUGUGCUUGCCAGUCUCGGCGGUGCCCCGACCCUCCCAGAACAGUCCAGGGAGGAGGACUGGGGCCUGGAGAGGAGGAGGAGCGAACAAAGAUUCGGCGUGCGCAGGCAGCGGGCAGGUAGCAUCAAGCGGUGA